AUAUAUAAGCAUGAACGGCCUGAUCAACAAAUCUCGCAAGCCGAAGUUUGCGCUCAUACUACAGAUAAUCAACCUGAACAACGUCCCUCUCGUCGCCGGGCAAUCCUACGUAAAAUGGCACCUCCCCAUGUCCACCGCCGCGGAGCACCGGGGCGCGACGACCAAGGCGCCAAUCAAAGAACACAAAGUGACCUGGGACUAUGAGCGCUCGCUCGUGGUGCGGUUGUCGAUGGACAAGACGAACAUGCUGCAGGAGUGCUUCGUCGAGUUCGAGGUCAUGCAGGACUACAAUGGCGGGGCGCGCGGGGAGAAGAUCACGAUAGGGAGGGUGCGCUUGAACCUCGCAGAGUAUGCGGAUAUACAUUAUGAGGUGGGACAGGUUAUGGUGAGGAGGUAUCUGAUGCAGGAUAGUAAGAUCAAUAGCACUGUCAAGAUCGGUCUGGGCAUGUCACAAGUCGACGGGGAUCGAAACUUCAUUGCCCCGCCGCUCCGAACCGCAGCAGUCUUCGAGGGAUUCACAGGCGCCAUGGCCGUAGAGCAGGAGAAAGAUAAAGCAGGCUACAACGGCGCAGUAGGCAACAACAAAGAACUCGCCGAAAUGCAAGACAUGUACCGCCAAACCCUCGCCGCCUCCUGGCACUGCAGCAAAGGCACCCUCGCCGCCGACCAAUGCAUCGAAGACAUCUUCAACGGCGGCGACGGCUGGGGCAACAAGCCCGUCCCCGCCACCCAGAACCCCGCUCUGCAAACCGCGCCGGGAGCGGAUGACAGCGAGGAUGAGGGGAUGGGGACUGCGACGCCGCGGAAUCAGAACCAGCGCCGCCACCAUCAUCAUAAUCAUCAGCAGCAGAAUGAGAGGGGUAGUGGUGGCGAGCCCAGCAGGAAUGGGUCGGGCGCGAGUAAGAAACAUACCCAUGCCGGGAAGAAGGCGAGGAUGGAGAGUGAGAUGCCCGGGUUGACGACGACGGUGGAUAGGAAGGGGAAUCCGCUUGGAGGGAUCCGGAAGGCUUCUCAGCGCGCGUUGACGACGGAUAAGGGGGAGCAGGUGCAGUCUUCAUCUUCGUCGGAGGAGGGUGGGGAGAGGAGGGGAAGGAGUGGGACGAGGAGGGCGGAUGAGGUGGCGGAGUGGGAUGCGAGGGAUGAUUUGAGGGCGUGGACGGUGCCAUGUGUGUCGGUUGAGGAUGAGGCUGAGAGUUGA